GACAAAUCCACUCCACCUUCGACUAGGCGACCUACCUGCGGGAGAGGGCGGGGUGGCAUCGGCAUGGCGGACUUCUACGUCACAAUCCCGUACGGCCUGGUGGUCCUCGGCGGCGGCGUCGCCGGCUACGUCAAGCGCGGGAGCGCGGCCUCGCUGGCCGCCGGCGCGGGUUUCGGCGGCGCGCUCCUCCUCGCCGGCGCGCUCAGCGCCUGGGCCUUCGCAAGGGGCGAAUCCGGCUCCGUCGUCGCCACCGUUCUCCAGACCGUUUGUGCUUUGGCACUAACAGUUGUCAUGGGAAUAAGAUACAUCAAAACAAGAAAGAUAAUGCCAGCUGGAGUUAUUGCUACCAUCAGUGUACUCGUAUUGAUAUUUUACGUGUACAAGAUCUCAAUUGGUGGUAACAAGGUUUACUUCCCAGUAAGUGCCGAGUGAGUCUGCUGGAGCUGGGGUCUUCUGGUGUACAUGCUGCUUGUAUGGACAAAUAAAUGUGAAACAAAUCAUCUGUUGUGCACAGCCAUUAUAUUCGAGUCUAGCAAAUUCUGUAUUACACUAUUUGUACACUAGUGCCACUGGUAAUCUCUUUGCAAUUGUGCCUUAUGUUUGUCUUCUGUGUCCAAAUACAUUAUCAUGCAUCUUUCUGACGCGGCACACUGAUUCUGUAAUACAAAUGAUUUUCUGCCCA